UUUUCGAAUAAUAACUAGGAGGAAUAUAUUAUAAAUUGUAAUCCCUUUAAUUUGUAUAUAAUAUCUGUAAAUAUUUAUGUAUAGAUAUAGCAUAAACAUAAUCCCUGUUGUUACGUUUAUUUUGGGAGCUAAUAGAUAUAAUCAAGUAGUGUAAGAAGUCAAAACCGUCCAUUUUGUUUUCUGUUCUGCAAUUAAAAGACUCCUUAUCCCUUUUCCAGAGAGAGAGAGAGAGAGAGAGAGAGAAGAUUACAUAUGGGCCCGAUUUUAUUAGUAGAUCAGACCAAGAGUGGGCUUGUUAAUGUUCUAAACCCAACACGGUCGAAUCAGGGAAGAAGCCCUACAUGGAAAUUUUUCUUGGAUAAUCCAUAUUCCAUUUUCUAUUUCCACCACACAAAAGUCCCUGAACGAAAAUGAUAAGCACACAAUCUGUAGCUCCAUUACACAUUUCUGUUAACGUCUUAGCCAAGAACUUGCGAAAAAAGAAAGGAAAAAGUAUGAUUUCGCUCGAAAUUUGUAAGACCUGUCAAUCAACAUUUAUCCUGAACCCCUCAAAGCUCCCGAAAGAAAUGGUAAAACAACAAAUGCCCACUCCAAGGAAGGUAUUCCACAGAAGAAAACUUUCACUGAGAGGAUGCAGUGCACAAGAACCAGAGAAAAAGAAGACAGAAAGGCGAAGUUUCUUGAGUCUUGAAGAAGCUGGUUUGGUUGAGAUAUCUGGUUUAAGCACUCAUGAGCGCUUCCUAUGCCGGUUAACGAUAUCAUCGCUGAACCUCUUGAGAGUAAUCUCUGAGGAAGAAGGAUGUGCAAUUGAGGAGCUGAAUGCUGGAAAGAUAUGUGAUUGGUUCGUCAAGGAUAAGCUGAAGAGAGAAGAGAAUAUAGAUUCUGCAGUCCUUCAAUGGGACGAUUCUGAGUUACAGUUUUGAGUUCUUUUUGCAAUUUAAUUAUGUUUUUACUUCCGCCAUCAAUCAACUAAUUAAAAAGCUCGAGUUCGUGAAUA